AUGGAUCCUCUACAGCUUCUAGUUCAAUUCCUGAUGUCACCUCGUACUACGACGUGGCUGAAGAAAAACUUUUUGAUUCCCUUGCUGCGGUAUGAGGCAAGAGUUGGGGAACUAAAACUUUGUAUUCAAAAUCUCAAGAAGGCGAGAGAUGUAGUUAAACAUAAAGUUAAGGAGGAAGAAAACCGAUAUGGAAGAAGAUUUGCUGAUGAAGUUAAAGAAUGGAUACAAGGGGUGGAUAAAAUAAUUUCUGAAUAUGAAGAUUUUGAUGAGGACGAACGCAAGAAGGAUGCAGUGUUUGACUUGUUUACAAGUGGUUUCCUUCCUAAGCCGGGGAUAAGGUAUCAUCUAAGCGAAAAAGCAUUUAAUAUUACAAGGAAGGUUAAUGAACUAGAGCAAAAAGCAAAGCAUGAUGCGGUUUCUUAUUGGCUUGGUCCACCCUCCAUGGUUGCCUUUUUUACUAAUGUUGGUUAUGAAAGCUUUCCCUCAAGAGAUGAAACUGUGACCAAGAUUAAUGCAGCAUUGGAAGACCCAAAUGUUAGAAUGAUUGGACUUCAUGGGUUGAGUGGUGUGGGCAAGACCAGUUUAGUCAAAAGAGUUGCUAAGGAAGCCUUGGAAGCUAAGAUGUUUGAUGUAGUCACCAUGGCAAGCAUAACAAGGAAUGCUGACAUAAGAAAAAUCCAAGGACAAAUUGCUGACAUGCUGGGGAUGAAAUUGGAUGAGGAAAGUGACAUUGCAAGAGCUGCGCGAAUACAAGAGAGAUUAAAGAACGAGAAAGAAAGCACCCUUAUUAUCCUGGAUGAUCUUUGGGCAGAAAUUGACUUCAAUGUGCUGGGGAUUCCAUCCGAUGAUGAUGAAAGGAAAUCCCCUCAGGCUCACAGUAUGAUUGAAAUGGAAAAAUCCCAAGUUGCUCAAAGUACGAUGGAAGCAGAAUUUGGUGCUCUCAAUAUGAUGAAAUUAAAAAAAAAACCCGGUGAUUCCAAUAAGAUGAAAACAGAAGAAACUCCUAGUCAUUACAAAGGGUGCAAAGUUUUGAUGAUUUCUGAAAGUAAAAAAGUGUUAAAAAGUCAUAUGGAAGGGAAGGGAAACUCUAUUUUCUAUGUGGAAGUCUUAAAGGAAAAGGAAGCAGAGAUGUUGUUCAAGAAAAAGGCUGGAAUAGGUGAUACAAAUUCGGAUUUGGAAAUAUUAGCAGCUCAAAUUGCCAAGAAAUGUAAUGGACUGCCAGUAUCAAUUGUUACAACUGCAAGGGCAUUAAAAAAUCAAAGCCGCUCAGUAUGGGAGAACAUUAAUCGAGAGCUUGAAGGGAAAAAUUUAAUGGGAGCACCUGAGUUUUCUACAAAGUUGAGUUAUGAUCUUUUAGAAAACGAGGAGCUCAAGUAUACUUUCUUACUAUGUGCUCGCAUGGGUCAUGAUGCAUUGAUUAUGGACUUGGUGAGAUCCUACAUUGGUUUGGGUUUUCUUCAAGGAAUCUACACAGUAAGGGAAGCCAAAGAUAGAGUAUAUGCAUUGGUCGGAAAGCUAAAAGAGUCUGGUUUGUUGUCUGAAAGCUAUUCAAAUGAUCAUUUCACCAUGCAAGAUAUUGUUCGCAGUGCGGCUUUGUCAAUAGCAUUGGAGGAGAAGCAUGUAUUUACAAUGACAAAGGGAAAAAUAGAUGAAUGGCCUGAUGAGGAUAAACUUAAAAGGUUCGUAGGUAUUUCCUUACAACAUUGUGAUAUCAUUAGCGGGUUUCCUAGAAUGUUGAAUUGCCCGCAACUUAGAUUCUUCCAUGUUGACAAUAGUUAUCCACGUCUGAAGUUGCCAGACAACUUUUUCAAAGGAAUGAAAGAACUCAAAGUGUUGAUAUUGACUGGCUUUGAUCUAUCACCCCUACCUUGGACAAUUAGAUACCUUACGAAGCUCAGAAUGCUUAGUUUGGAGGGAUGCACACUAGGUGAGGAAUUAGCGUAUAUAGGCGAGUUGAAAAACUUAAGAAUUCUUAGUUUUUCAAAAUCUGAUAUUAAAAAAUUGCCUGUUGAAUUGAAGGAGUUAACAAAGCUUCAAAUUCUUGACAUCAGUAAUUGCUCCAAACUUCAAAAAAUUCCAUCCAAUGUAAUAAACAGUUUGAUUAGUUUAGAAGAGCUGUAUAUUGGAAACACAUUGAUUGAAUGGAACAUUGAAGGACAAACAAAUCAAAGUGAACAUGGCAGUCUUUCUGAGUUGAGGCAUUUGAAUCAGUUGGCAACUCUGGACUUACGAAUCCCAAAUGUUGACCAUUUGCCAAAGAACUUGUUCUUUGACAAGUUAUAUAGUUACAAGAUUAUUAUUGGAGAAUUGAAGGCAUAUUUAGAGACGGAUUUCAAGAUGCCAGAGAAGUAUGAAACAUCAAGAUUUUUGGCAAUGCAAUUAAAUGCUGACAUUCAUUCUCUAAUGGGCAUCAAAAUGUUGUUUGGCAGAGUUGAGAUUUUGUUGUUAGAAGACCUCAAUGGUGUUCAAGAUAUUUUUUAUACAUUGAAUUUGAAAGGAUUUCCAUAUCUUAAACAUUUAUGCAUUGUAAGCAAUUCCCACAUUCAAUCUCUCAUCAACCCAACAGACAGACAGCAAACAGACAGACAGCAAGCUGAGGAGGCUUUUCUUAAAUUGGAGUCAUUGUAUCUCUAUGAUCUCAAGAUCAUGGACAAAAUAUGCUCAUGUAAGCUUUCAGCAUUCUCAUUUGGCAAAUUGAAAGCCGUAAAGAUCUAUCAAUGCAGUAAAUUGAAGAGCAUCUUCUACAUUUCAAUGGUUAGACAUCUAACUGUUCUUGAAACAAUUGAAGUUUCUGAAUGUAACACUUUGAAGGAGAUUGUCCCUAUGGAAACACAAAGUAACACUGAGCAACUUGAGGAAACACAAAGUAAGACUGAGCAACUUGAGUUUCCUGAAUUACGUACUUUGACCCUACAAUCUUUACCUCAACUUACUGGAUUCUAUCCCAUUUCAUCAACUGGAGAACUAUUCCACGAAAAGGUUAUAGUUUCCAAAUUGGAGAGAAUGGAGUUGUCCUCGAUCCACAUUGACGUAAUAUGGAGUGAACAACCUUCAUUAUGUUCCAGUUUUCAAAAUUUGAUUCACUUGGAUGUGAAUGAAUGUUGGAAAUUAAAAUAUUUAUUAUCAUUUUCAAUGGCCAAGACUCUGGUGAAUCUUCAAAGUCUUUCCAUAAGUGAAUGUGAAAACAUGGGACACAUCUUUCUCCAAGAGCUUGGUAGUCAUGCUGAAACGAAGGGUCGCAUUUUUCCAAAUUUGAAGAAAAUAAAACUGAGUUGCAUGAAACGUCUUAGUGAGAUAUGGAAUUAUGAACUCCCUUCAGAUUCGUUUGGAAAAUUGGAUACUCUGAUCAUCGAGCAGUGCGAUAAAUUUGUCAAUGUUUUUCCUUGUUACAUGAAGGGAAUAUUUCGGAGUCUAUGCAACUUGAGUGUUACUAAUUGCAGGUCAAUGAAAGAGAUAUUUGACCUAAAUGAUAAAAAUGGAGAUGCUAGUGAUGUAGCCAACUUGCAAGAUGUUCAUUUAGAAGCACUCCCGAAAUUGAAGCAUGUAUGGAAAAGGAACAAAGACUGGGAAAUUGUUCUUAACUUGAAAAAGCUGCAAAAGAUAUGGGUUCAUGAUUGUGGCAGCUUAGAAUAUAUAUUUCCAUUUGAUGAAGCCAAGUGUCUUCCCAAUCUUGAAUACCUUGUGGUAUGGGAUUGCUCAGAAUUGUGGGAAAUUGUUGACAAGGGAAAAGCUGCCAAAACUUGA